AGAGUAAACUAACGAUUGAUAAAAAUGGCGUUAAACCUAAAGCGCACACAGUGUAUGAUAAGAAGGUUAUACUGCCACAGGAAACACGUGACACAAUUAUAAUUCUUUAUGUUGAUUAAGGGACUUCUGGUUUUAGCGUGGUGUUCGAGAGAAUUUGAAGAAUUAUAAGGUGGUGGAAGGUUUCGUGGUUCUGCCGUGCAAUACAAACUCAGGAAAGAAAAAAUGGCAUUCCAUGUUCAUUUUGGAAUUCCGUCGAUGGGAAGAAUUUGAAUAUCCUCAAUAAGAUAAUUCCUAGGUUCCAGUAUGAAGCUUUGGGUUUUUGUACCACUCAUCCUGUUUGUAUUCAUCAGCUGGGGAAACAUACGAUCGGUCCAAACUCAGACCCUGGAUCAAUUGUCAUCUAUUUUAAAGCAGUUUAACACGACGCAGAAAUUGGCAUUACUUAUAGACAUUCUCAGUAAGCAACCUGUGCUUUUUGACAAACUUGAGCAUCUUUUUUUGGGAGCAAUCCCCUUAAUAUCAGAAAUGGGUCACAUUAAACCACAAAUCUACCAACAUAUGUUACCAUGGAUUUUAGACAAUCUACCAUAUGCUCUCAAGAGCAAACUAGUUUUAAACGUUACACAUGAUAUCGUGGAUGAAAUAAAUCAUGUUAAUAUUACUGGUCUAGACCCAAGUAAUGGUAGUGUUUUUAUGGAUGGAUUCAUUGAAAGACUUGACCUGUUGCACACAGGCAUGCGCGCAGUGGAUAAGAUAUUGGAACCCAUUUUCAUCAGUAAUGGUUUAAAUCCAAAAUAUUUCGACUUUACUAUUCCCAAAGCAAUAGCAUUUUUGGAAAAAUUCUUGAAAGACUACGGAGUAGAAGUUUUGGGUACUAUGAUUAAGGAAAUAAACUCCGUAAACACAUCUGAGAUAGCGAAUAAUGAUACUCGAGCUCUUGAAAUAAAAUUCUGGAAACAGUUCAGUUUGCUACACUUAGGAGGAAGCGUCCUUCAAGCCGUGUUAACACCUGUAGAGGAACACCUGCCACAGCCUCAGACUGGACCACUGAGAGACCAGUGUUACAGUGACGUCAUGACGUUUCUGAACAAUCUAUUUCAAGGAUCAAAAUGGGCUGUUGAAAUGUUCGAUGCUGCUGGUAAACCUCCAACCGGUACACUCACAGGUAAUCUUCAUUUCAUUGGUUCUUAUGACCAAUGUUUGGGUAUCACACCUAAUUUUACUGGUGCCGGAGAUCUCCGUACCACGGCUACCAAAUACUGCAGAGCGACAUUCGACAUUCCAGAUAACCUAAUGGCAUCAAUCAAAGCCUUGAUAGGGGACGUGAACACAUUCGGAGUUCCGAUUACAUUGACCUGGGGUUUGUGCCUUCCUGCCUCUUGUCAGGAAGGAGAUGUUUCAGAACUAUUCAAACUAGGUUUUCUCAAAACCUUAAACUUAACACCUUCUGUGGAAUGCUCCAGAUCUUUUGGUAUUGAAGACAAGGGCACCAUUAUAAUAAUCGUUAUUCUUGGUGCUAUUGUGCUCGUUUGCCUAAUGGCGACUUUAUUUCACGUCUACCGAUUCUCCGACGAUGAGGAAGACGAGGAGCUAACUACAUUUACCCUUCCAUUACCAAAAGCCUAUGAAAGGAAAAAGGAUAACCCGGAUAUAGAUGAAACAAACUUUUCAACAGAAAAAAGAAACAGUCAUGUUACAAGAAAUGGUCACCUGACUACUAUGGACAAUGAAAAUGAUUCGAUGGACUCAUUAGUAUCAGAUGAAAAAUACAAAGGUUUUAUGGAGAAACUCACGAAGGCAUUUUCCUUGUACCAAAACAUACCUGACGUAAUGUCUUUUGAUCAACCAAAGGAUUCCAUCCAAUGUGUUUACGGCAUACGGUUUUUCAGUCUCGCUUGGAUAGUUUUAGGAAACUCAUUUCUGUAUGCAGCUCUUUCGCUAACUAAAGCACCGGUAACAGGUAACUUGUUGGAAGGCGUGGGGCUGUUGAAGAAUUUCGCUUUCCAGGCAGUUUACACUGCACCUUUUGCUAUCGACUCAUUCUUCGUCAUCAGCGGGUUUCUAAUCACCUACCACUUUCUUCGCAAAUGUCUACAUAAAGGAAAACUAAAGUGGCAGUUUAUAUUAGGAUUCUACUCUAACAGAUAUAUCAGAAUCACCCCUGUUUACUUUAUCAUACUGAUGACUUACACCUAUUUCUACCAUUAUGUCGGCGAUAGUCCUCUAUAUCCUAAUUCUAUUGCUGUUGCCGAUAAAUGUAAAGACAAUUGGUGGCGUCAUAUCCUGUACGUAAACAAUCUGGUCGGUACAUCUGGAACUCUAGCCUUUGAACAGUGUAUGCCAUGGUCUUGGUUUCUGGCUUGCAUCAUGCAGUUCUACCUAAUAACACCAAUACUCAUUAUUUUUUAUCUGUGGUCUUCUGUCCUUGGAGGAUUCAUGGUUUGCCUACUUCUGAUAGCAAGCGUCGUGGCGACGGCGAUCAAGGAGAAAAAAUACACGGGGGACAUCUUGUCGAUGAUGUCCGAUGGCGGAGACUACUGGAACAAUGUUUUCAUCACUCCUUGGUGUCGAGUCGGUGCCUAUUGCAUUGGUAUUCUUCUGGGGUUCUUAUUCGACAACUGUGAUUUUAAGAAAAAGGUCAAGAUUCACAAGGAUCUCAGUCUUCUUGCAUGGUUAGCUGCUCUUGGGGUUUUCAUAACACUUACUUACUCACCGUAUACGAAGAAUCGUGAAGGAGGUUACACUUGGACACCAAUCCAGUCCGAGGUUUAUGAAGCUAUGUCCCACGUGGUUUGGGCCUUGGCACUCUCCUGGGUUAUUUUUGCUUGUGCAACAGAGCAUGGUGGUAUUGUGAACUGGUUUCUGUCUUGGCGAGGCUUUCUUCCCCUGUCACGAUUGUCAUAUGUCGUCUAUCUAAUUCACCCAGUUAUUAUGGUUGCAUUCGUUUAUAACAAAAAGGUCUUAGUCUAUAUGAAUUCUUUCGAAAUGGUAUACAUGUUUCUUGGCCAUCUGAUUACGUCAUAUGUGAUAGGCGUGUUGUUUGCUGUAGGAAUAGAGCUACCGUUUGUACGUUUACUCCAAGUUUUCAAGAGUAGAGGAUGCAUAUCAAAGGUCGGAACGUAACCAUAACACAUCCAUUGCCAAGGCAGCUAGUUAUUUCAGCUUUCAAUAAUGUUUUGUGGUCAAAGUAUCAAAUACUAGUACUGAAUGCACCAUCAACAUUUGUUAUUAUACAUGUAUAUAUCAUAGAUCUACAAAUUUUGUUAUAUUUAAAAGGGCUGUGAAACGUGUUUAAUAAAGAAAUUAUUUUCUCUUA